GCCCAAGCUCUAGACCCAGUUGGUUCUUUUCUUUUCCCCAAGUCCAAGAGCUGGAUUUUUAAAGGACCUCAAGUCAGUACACUUCUUCCCUCUAUGCCCCUCUCCCAGCUUCCACAAGCAGCUGCUCCCGCAAUCAGAUAGAGCAGGAAAGGUUAGCAAAACCCUCCGCGCGCUCUUGAAGUGUGGACUCUUUGUCAUCUUUACCAGGAGCUUGGAACCCCACCCCACCCCCAAGAACGAGAACGCGAGUACACGCACACACACUCUCACUCACUCACUUACUCACACUCGUUACCACGCUUCCCCUACUUCCCCUGUACACCCUUUUUUACUAUGAAGGUUUCUAAGCUCGCUUGAAAGUAGCUGUGCCUAAGAUGUUGAGGCAACAACGACCCGGGGAUGUGCAGCUCGGAGCUUCCCCGUAUGAGUUGGUGGGCUAUAGGCAGCAGCUGUCUUCUUCCUCUGGCACUGCCACCUUCCUUCCUAAGCAAGUCCACGAGAAGCUGGAGCCACCUCUCGAGCAGCUGCAGCAGGGCGUGGGAAAAAAUGCCAAGGGUGGCAGCGGCUGCGGUGACAGCGGGAGCAGCAGCAGCAGCAAGACCGAGCUAAAGGAGGAGCAGCAGCAGCUGAGGAGAAAAAUCAACAGCCGGGAGAGGAAAAGGAUGCAAGAUCUCAACCUGGCCAUGGACGCUCUGAGAGAGGUCAUCAUGCCCUACUCUGCCGCCCACUGCCAGAGCUCCCCCGGCAGGAAGCUCUCCAAGAUCGCCACACUGCUCCUCGCCAGAAACUACAUCCUUCUUUUGGGCAGUUCCCUUCAGGAGCUGCGGCGGAUCCUGGGCGAGAUGAGCGGGCCAGGGCCGCGGCUGCUGCUCGCCGGCUUGCCCCUGUUCGCCGCCCCGGGAUCGGUGCUGCUGGCCCCAGGGGGCGUGAACCACCCGGAGACUCUACACUCCAGCAAGUACCUGUCGCUGGAAGAGCCGCCGUGUGGCCAGUUCCCUCUACCCGGCAGCCCUGGUCUGUGUACCUGUGCUAUCUGCAAGUUCCCGCAUUUAAUUCCUUCAGGCCUCGGGCUCGCUGCGGUACAGACACAGUUCCCCAAGUGAAGAGACUGGGCAGACCCCGUUGCACCCCUCCUCCCUUUUUCUUCCCGAGCCUGCCACCCCGUCAUCACUGCCUCACUGAUAUGACUGCCACCCUCUCCCCUUUGCCAGUCCCAGCUCCCCGGAACCAUCUACAGUAAGAACAGAUCGUGGGGGUCGAGAGCGGUGUGAGACUACCGAAAGAACGAGAUGGAGGCUCUUUAAGGGAGGGUUAGAGACUCCCUCCAAGUACAUUUGCAGUUAUGGGGACGUGAUGAGUGAAGAAACAGUAACAGACGUUCGUUUUGGAGUUCGGGGGGCGAUCUUUCCGGGUAGAUUUCCCGCUUGCUCCCGGGUAGAUUAAAAUAAAGAGUGCAGCCAGAUCUCUCCUGACCCCUCCCCGCACCGCACCGCGCCGCCCUGCUCCAAAGGGUGUAGAUCUAGCUAACUUUUUCUUGUCCUUCUCUCCCCCCCCCCCCCCCCCCCCGGUCACUAAAUGUAGGGAUUAUUCCAUUCUCUUCCUUUGCUUCCAAGAAAGCAACCCUUUCCUCGGCUCCCGUAAAUCCCCGGGCGUUUAUGUAAGGAGAAGUGGGAGUCAAGGGGGUGGGGAUCUUUUCCCUCCAGAAAGAGAGAAUAGCAGCCUUUGUGUCUACUUUUCACUAGCUUCGGACGGACUCUUCGAGGGGAAAGUGCGUCGAGGAGUGGAACGAGGAAUCCUUCGGGUUUCUGGAAGACUCCUUUGUAGGGCCAGAAUCCCAGAAUGCUACGUGUGAACUUUAGCCCUACGGCUUGCUUAGGCUGGGUUUGGGCUGAGUCUUGUUUCACUCUCCGCCGAGGGCUGCGGGUGAGCAAGCUCGAUCAGUGCGUUCACAAAUUCAAAUCUUGUUGGAAGUGCUGGUCUACGACGAUGCUCGCUUCCUUUUGAAACCAGCUCACGAUUGUUCAGGGAACCUUGCAGGGUUUUAAGUGUAAUCUCGAUUUUGUUUAAUGUUCGUUUGUUUGGUUUCUCCCCUGGCCGUCCCUAUUCAUACUUCUAGGAAAGGAAACGAAGAACGGUCCACUUUCGCCAGUUUUUCCGUUAGCCUACCCAGCUUUUGAGUUUGGUAAACAUUCAUAUAAUGCCCUUCCUCCAAGCAACAGUUUUCUUAGAUUCCUGAAAAUAAGUACACUCCUCUCAUACUCUGACUUAAAGGGGGCCGGGGGGGGGGGGGGGGCCUCGAUUAACUUGUAUUUCCUUAAGAAAGACUUGAAAUUGCCUGGGAGCAAGUAGUUAAGUUAAUCCUUUCAUCAUGAAAGCGAUCGGGGCAGUUUUCUUAUAGGUCCAUUCCGGGCAAUGGCUUCUAACCGAAGUUUUAAUAAAUCCACAGCUAUGUUUCUUCCUAUCCACUCCAUUUCGGGUCUUGAUUUGUAAGGGGCAUUAAGUGUUCUUUUUUUAAUGUCAGGAUAUGACGGGGGAUUUUUAUUGUUGGGAAUUGUGCUGUUUAAAACCCAUUUUAAAACUAACCUUCUUUCCUUCUUGUAUUGUUGAAGCAUCCCAAUAAAUAAAUAAAAACAUAACCAACUA